UCAAUGGAGACUUACCGCGAGAAAGCCUCUCGCAAAUUCAAACAGCAGCCAUUAGUUCCUAUCGGGACUCUGGCAACGACAGCUGCUCUCAUUAUGGCGAUGACUAAGUUGCGCAAAGGCCAAUCUGCCUCGUUAAAUCGGUGGUUGCGCGUGCGUGUCGUGGCGCAGGGCUUUACGAUCGUUGCCGUAGUCGCUGGCUCGUGGAUGUAUGGCUCUCAAAAAGGUUCAAUCUCCCACCAAGACGACGCUGCUGCGAAUGCUCAGGAGAAGGCAAAGGAAGAACGAGCUUCAUUCGAGGAAAGGCUCAAGGUUGCUGAGGAGACACAUCGUAUUGAG